AUGUGGGAUUCAGAAAUUGAGUCUGCUGGAGGACGAGGUUUCAGCAAUGGAGUUCUUACCACUAGCAAACAUGGAGUUAAGACUGAUGGUUUUGAGCAAAGAGGGCAGUCUUGGUAUGUUGAAACUGAUAUUCCAAGUGACGUUUUAGUUCAGAUUGGAGAUGUUAGUUUCCAUUUACACAAGUAUCCUCUUCUUUCUCGAAGUGGAAAGUUGAACCGAAUCAUAUAUGAAUCACGGGAUGCAGAAUUAAAAAAGAUAGUGUUAGAUGACAUUCCAGGAGGGCCUGAGGCAUUUGAACUGGCGGCAAAAUUCUGCUAUGGAAUUGCUGUUGAUUUAACAGCGAAUAUUAUCUCCGGCCUAAGAUGUGCAGCAGAGUAUCUAGAAAUGACAGAAGAUUUGGAAGAAGGCAAUCUGAUAUUCAAAACUGAAGCUUUUCUCAGUUAUGUGGUAUUAUCAUCAUGGAGGGACUCCAUAAUAGUAUUGAAAAGCUGUGAAAAACUCUCCCCUUGGGCGGAAAAUCUCCAAAUUGUUAGAAGAUGUAGCGAGUCUAUUGCGUGGAAGGCUUGUGCUAACCCGAAAGGAAUAAAAUGGCAGUAUACAGGAAAGCCCCUGAGAGUUUCCAGUCCGAAAUGGAAUGAGAUGAAAGAUUCUAGCCCGAGUAGGAACCAACAAGUGCCCCCGGAUUGGUGGUUUGAAGAUGUCUCCAUACUCCGGAUUGAUCAUUUUGUACGUGUUAUUACUGCUAUUAAGGUGAAAGGGAUGAGGUAUGAAUUGAUUGGAGCUGUGAUUAUGUAUUAUGCAAGUAAAUGGCUCCCCGGUUUGAUCAAAGAGGGGUCGGGAUCAGGGGCUCCUGGCGAUGAUGGAAGUAAUAGUACUAAUAGUAAUGGAAGUGGUAGUAGCUGGAAAGGUGGGCUACAUAUGAUUGUGGCUGGAAGUAAAGAGGAUACACCAACUGUUCAGGCCAAAGAUCAAAGGAUGAUUAUCGAAAGCCUAAUAAGUAUAAUUCCCCCACAGAGAGAUAGCGUUUCAUGUAGUUUUCUUCUUAGGUUGUUGAGAAUGGCAAACAUGUUAAAAGCGGCUCCUGCUUUGGUUACUGAAUUGGAGAAAAGGGUUGGUAUGCAGUUUGAACAGGCUCAAUUGGCAGAUCUUUUGAUACCUUGUUACAAUAAAAGUGAGACAUUGUACGAUGUUGAUCUUGUUCAGAGGCUUUUGGAGCAUUUCCUAGUUCAAGAACAGUCGGGAAGUUUAAGUCCUGUGAGACAGUCAUUUUCUGAUAAAAAUAUGUAUGAUUCAGAUCAAAGGGGGACAAAUCCAAAUGCCAAGAUUAGAGUGGCGAGGCUCCUCGACAGCUACCUCACAGAGGUUUCCAGAGACAGAAAUCUGUCGUUGACGAAAUUUCAGGUCCUGGCUGAGGCUUUGCCUGAAUCAGCUAGAACUUGUAACGAUGGAUUGUAUAGAGCAAUUGAUUCCUAUCUUAAGGCCCAUCCAACACUAACUGAGCACGAAAGGAAGAGACUGUGCCGUGUGAUGGAUUGCCAGAAGCUGUCAAUUGAUGCUUGUAUGCAUGCUGCACAAAACGAAAGACUCCCGUUACGAGUUGUGGUGCAAGUCCUCUUCUCAGAGCAGGUGAAGAUAAGCAAUGCAAUAUCAAACAACUCCCUCAAAGAUGCAGGCGAACCCCAGUACCAGACCUUGAUAUCAAACCGCAAAACAUUACUUGAAGGGACGCCACAAUCAUUUCAAGAAGGAUGGGCUGCUGCCAAAAAGGAUAUCAAUAGUCUUAAGUUUGAACUGGACAGUGUCAAGGCAAAGUACUCGGAGCUCCAAAAUGAAAUGGAAACUUUACAGAGGCAAUUCGAUAAGAUGGCAAAGCCUAAACAGACAUCUGCAUGGACUGUUGGGUGGAAAAAACUAAGCAAGAUCGGUAAAACAACAGAAAACAAUGAUAUAGGGUCUCAGGUAGGAAAUGCAGAACAGACUAAGAAGACUCCUAGAAGAUGGAGAAAUUCCAUUUCAUAA